AUGAAAUCUCUCAUAGGAGAACUAUGGGAUAUGGCGAAAAUGGGACGUUUGCAGAACGUAGAUCUGCUUCUUGGACAAAAGCUCCAAGACUUACAUACGGAAAUGCAAAAACAUCCUGAAGAAAUCCCAGAAGAUAUGGAAAAUCUUUUUCUUCAAUUAAUUACAUUCAAUAACAGACAUAUUUCAACUAUAAAUGCACACUUUAUUGGACUUUGCAUUGUUCUUUAUUACCAAAGUCUCAAAAAAGCAACAUAUUGGACAGUUUUACCUGCAUUUCAAGAAGAAGUUCUUAAACAAAAUAUUCCAGCUAUAGUAAUUUUCGGUAUAUUCACUCGUCAUCUCUGUGAUUCGUUCAAAUCUAAACUUCCUCCUUCAAUUACAUAUUUAUUGCAAGUCACAACUGAAGAAUUGCAGCCAUAUAUAUGCCAAUUUUUCAGAAGAGUAAUUAAAGGAUCCGGAUCUUUCCUCAAAUCAUCAGUUCAAGACAUUUUUGGUUUUGUUUUUCGCGGAGCAUCAUCAACGAACGAAGAUUUACGUAUAGAAGCAGUUAAAACAUUACCAUGUCUCAUGUCAUGUGCUCAAAUUCCUCGUAAAAAGCUUCUACCUAUUGUUGGCCUUUCAUUAUCAAGCCAAUCUCGUGCUUUACGUGAUGCAUCAGCAAAAGCACUUGCCAAACUGAUGUAUCUUUCAUGCCAAGACCAAAAAGAGGAAGUAAUUAACUCAGAUACUUAUUUCAAUAUUGCUUUCAAGAUUUUACUUCAAUUUAUGCAAAACGAGAAGAACAUACCAACACUUGUAAUCUCUCUAUACACAUUCUUACGUUAUUUCCAGCCAAUUGAGAUUGUAAAGAGAUAUCGAGUUUUUGCAAAACUUGCAUUGUCAAUUUCCGCCUUAAACAUCUCAUUUCCAUCAUUAUGCAUGAUGUCACGUGCAAUAUUCCAGUCAGUUCUCUCUUUAACAGGUUCAACCGCCGGAAUUUACUUGAAUCACUAUUUAGUUGACAAACUCGACCCAGAAUCACUUACACCCGCAAGAUCCGUUGUCAUCAUUGAUUCCCUCAUCAAUUUCGACGCUUCCUCGAAAGUUCUCGCCAAAGCAGCGAAAGCUUUUUAUCCUCUUUUGACUUCGCAAAGAAAUGAUGUCAAAAGAUUGGUCACUUCAUUUUUCGCAAGACUUGGAACAAAAGAACCGAAAGCUGCGCAGAUAUUACUCGACUCCUUCAUGAAGUGGGUCUCUUCAAAUGAUGCAAAACCGUCUGACAUCAGCGGUUUUUCGAAUGGAGCUGCGAUGUUACUUUUGACGAGUAAUUUGAGUGAAGAGACAUACAGCAAAAUCAUUGAUGUUUCUUUGUCAUGGCUGAAGAACGUGAAGAGCUUUGAUUCACCGAGAAUUCCUGCUGCUUUUCUCUUCAUUUCGAGCAUAAUGAACAAAAACAAUAGUUUUGUAAAUGAAGAAAAAAUUGCACAAAUAUUUAGUUUCUUGCAGAAAUACACAAAGAAUUUCUCAAGAAAUUCAAAUACAAAACAAAUUCUAAAAUUUGUGUCAAUUUUUAUUUUACAAAUCUGCCAAAAACCGCCGUCAAAUUACGAUUUAUUGCAGCCAGUCAUUAAGCAGUUUACUCAAAUCGUAAUACAGAACGAGCAGAUCAUAUCAAGCCCUUGUUUACUCGCGUUCCUCGCCUACACGAAGAAAUCUAAAUAUCUAUGGAAAGAUGACCAAAAUCUGCCAACUCAAAUUUGCCAAAUUUUGACAAGUAAUUUUGUCAGAAAUUUCCAAAUGACAGACGAUGAAAUGGACUACGGCUUGGACAAGUACGAGUACGACCUCGACCAGUCAAACAUACUUUACAAUUGCAGUUUGCCACUUCACAUGACCAACAAAAUUGAUCAAUACGCUGAUUCGAUCUACAGCUAUUUGAUUUCUCCGUCGAAAACAUUCAGAAGGAACCAGCUCUGCCAGGAAAUACUACAUGAUUUCGGAGCAUGGCCAUCUCUCUGCAAUCCUAAGGGAAGAAAACAAAUAAUUGACCAGAUUUACGUCAUACAUCCAAGAGAUGCAAAUUCUGCUCAUCAAAAAUUGUCACUUUUGAAUUCAAUUUUUGUCAAAAAAGUGACAGAUGGUAUACCAAAAGAUUGCUUGAAUAGUUUGCUUGGCACGAAUACAUUUGGUGUUAAAAGAGUCAUCAGACUUUUAGCAAAAACAUGCGCUGAAUAUGUCUCAUGUUUUCCAAACACUUUACCUGUUUUAGUUGAUUUCCUCGAGAAACCAAAGACUCCUUCCCAGUUUGCUUCUUUGGUAAUUGCUGAACUCGAUUUCAGCCAAGAGAAAGAUGAUUCUUUAGCCAUCAGAUCACUUCUUAUUCUCCACAGAUUGUUGUUUAUUUCCCCUGAUUCUGAAGGUUGUUUCGCUUUGUAUAAAUUAGUCAAGAAACAUUUGAUUCCUGAUGAUUUCAUCGGUCAAACAACUUCAUUAAUUGAACAGCUAAUUUACUCAGAUUGCUCACGAUCUCCAUCCGUUCUUUAUUACCUUUCAAACGCUCUUUUCGAACUCAAAAAUGAAAACAUUGAAAAAAGUGACGAAAAUGAAAAAAGUGACAAAAUCUCAAUUGAUUCCAAGUUAAUUUCCAGAAUAUCGAGGUGUUUGUUAGAUUAUGCAAACAACAGGAAUUUGGCCAAACUCUUGGCACUUCAGAUAAUGAGAUUACUUGAAAAUGUUGAUGAUUACAUGGAAAGUUUAAUUAAUGUUUCUAAAAUCACUUCACCUUUACAAACAUUAAUUAACAGAUUCCACUUUUCAGCAGGUAUUGAUGAUGUUCCUCUUUUGUUCAUGGUAUUGCAGCAAUCCUCUUCCAAAGAGAUGUUCAACCGUAUCGUUAAAAUUUUCGAGAAAUACCCUGAUGUCAAGAGAUGGACAGAUUUGUGUAAAAGAAUUGUAAUUAUUGGAUGCGUUCCUCCAUUUGAAAGAAAGGGAGAUAUAAGGAUUGCACCUACAAUUGAUGUUCUUCUUUGUGCAAUAACAAUAGCUGAAAAGCUUGUCCACAAGAUCCGUGAAACAUUCCCUAACAACAUGACUUGUGUUGAUGAUGUUGUUUCAAUCGCUUUCAAUUCAAUAAGAAUGAAUGAACGAUUAUUUGACACAAUUUGUUUCAAUACGAUGACUAAUGUUAUUUACAACUUUUCAUCGGUAAGAAACAAAGAAUGUUUCCUUCUCGAAUUGUACACAAGCCAAUUCGUUCCUUCCCUUAAAUACGCAACAGAUGGAUGCCAUGAUUCUAAAACAUCAAGUGACUUUUGUUUGGCGUAUUUGACAUUUUUGAUGGAAUCAAGGAGUCCUUUCUUAGGUGAAGCAACUUCGACAUUGACAGAAGGUUUGUCGAAGAUCGGAUACACCAAUGAGUCUAUUGCUGUUUUCUGCAGAAUUUUAGGUCGUUUGUUUACUUUAUUGGAAAAGAAAGAUGAAAAUUUGACAAAAUUAUUUGAUUCUGCGUCAUCGACGAUUUUCGAUGAAAUUUUCAGACAAAAGAGGAAAAUUUCAGAACUUGGCGAUGAAAUGCAGUUCGUUAUUGCCAAAUUUAUCGAGAGAACUAAAGAUUUCAACACGAAAAGAGCAUUAGUUCUUGUUCUUCUUGAAGAACUCCACAAGAACUGUUGCGCAAUGACAUUGAACACUUUGACAACUUUGUUUGAAAGUGUCGGAGCAGGAAAACCAGCUUUAGAGUUUGCCCUUUCAACUCUCUGCAGCUCAGAGCUCAUUUCCAUUGAGAGGAAAGCCGCAGAAUCACAGGAUUUGGACAACGACAAGAGAGAAGACGACGAAGACAUCGAUACAGCCACUUUUUGGAUUGUUCCUCCAAGAAAAAUGCCAGCGGUUGCAAGAUUUUUGACAGCGGCAGCAAAUUUGAUUCCUUCUCCAGUUACAGAAGAAUUCGUUUUGUCUUGGAAGAUAGUGCUAAGACUCAGCUUAGUUGGAACACUAUGCUAUCCAGCACUCGCGAGAUUGAUCAUGUCAAGUACUGUUGAUUUGUUGAAUGAAUUCGCUGCUCCACUUUUGAUCGAAGUAAUUUCAAGAGACAAAAGUGAGAAAAGUGACGCUUUCAUUCGCUUGUUAAUUGAAAAGACACCUAAAGAGACAAUCUCCAAGAUGUUCGUCAGUGUUGUAUCAUGCAAGCAGACACUAUCAAGAAGGCUUUCCGUCAUCAAAACAAUGAUGAUAAACAAAGCUGUUCCUGAUGAAAAAUCUUUACAAACAAUUUCGGAUGUUGUAUCGGCAGCCAUGUUCCCAGAUGGAUUGACAUUCUUGGGAUCGUUACUUGCUGAUAAGAGAACAGCGAAAUACGCAUUGGCAAUGCUCAAAUUGGGUUGCGCAGAAGCGAUAUCUGUUGAAGUCAACAAUAGUAUUAUGUACGCGCCAAGAAUAAUGAACUUCUUGAGAUUAGCGUACUCAUCUAUUGACGAUCUACAGAUCAAAUCUAAGUUCGGAACAGCAAUUGCAGAAAUUGCUCUUCAAUUUGUUGAAAAAAGUGCACAAAUGAAGGAAAGAAAGGCAGUUGUUGCUCCUGCAUGCGCUUUAUUGCAGUUCGUAGACGAGAAUUCCGCUAAAGAAGCUUUCGAAAAGGCCGAAAAGAAAGUUGUUAUUGAAUGUUUGACACCUCCGCGCCAUGCUGUAGCAAUCGCACUGAAAUCGUUCGGUGACUUGAGGUCUAGAAAGAGCUCGAGUAAUGCUGGUGGCGGCUGGAUUUCAUUGGACGUCGGUUCUUCGUCGGAUGAAUCAGAUAAUUCGGAAGAAGAUUGA